UUUUAAUUUGUCGGAACUAAAAACAAAAAGAAAAACAAAGAAAGAAGACAAAAAAGCCAACAAGCCAUCACCUUCGUCGUCGUUGUCGUUGUCGUUAAAACCUCCAUUAUCAUCAUCGUAAGUUGACUUAUAGAGAGCGAAUUAACAUCAUCCAAUCUCCCUGAAACUCCUCAGCCCUUGGGCGAUCGAUUCGGACUUUGCCUCCCAUGGAAGGAAGCUUCCUCAUCUCUGAUGCUCAACAAGCACAUGAAGAAGUCAAACAAAAACCUAAUCUCAUCACGGGUCCAGCAGGAUCCCAAGCUAAUGAAAGUGGCUGUUUUGAUUGCAACAUCUGUCUAGAGACAGCCCUUGAUCCGGUGGUCACUCUCUGCGGACACCUUUUCUGCUGGCCUUGCAUUUACAAGUGGCUACACGUUCAGUUAUCUUCUCUCUCCACUGAUCAUCACCGCCACAACAACUGCCCCGUCUGCAAAUCCAACAUUGCAAUCACCUCACUGGUUCCCCUCUACGGAAGAGGCAUCUCUUCUCCUUCUCUAUCCUUCAACUCCAAGGAACAAGACUCAGAGUCCACAGUUAUACCUCGGAGACCUUCUCCAUCGACCCUAAACAAUCCAGUCACCUCUCUGAACCCAAGCUUGCAACAUCAAACAAUGUCUCCAACGUUUCACAACCACCGAUACUCCCCUCGUGGCUUCACCACAACUGAAUCAACCGACCUCGCCAAUGCGGUAAUGAUGAGUCUUCUAUACCCGGUGAUUGGGAUGUUUGGGGACAUGGUCUACACCAGGAUAUUCGGAACCUUCACAAACGCAAUAGCUCAGCCUUACCAAAGCCAGAGGAUGAUGCAGACUGACAAGUCUCUUAAUCGGGUAUCCCUUUUCUUCCUUUGUUGCAUCAUCCUUUGCCUCCUUCUCUUCUAGCUCUCUCUCCCUCUCUCCCUCCUUGUAUAGACUUUGUUGUAAAUAGUCUGUAAAAUAACUACAGACACUAUUGUUCUGAGUUAGGCCUCAAAUUGCAGGCCAAUAUUGCUCUCUGUGUAUUGCGUAUCCAUAGACAUAUACAUGCUUUGUAUCUAAUCUUCAUGAACCAUAUAUAUAUAUAUAUAUAUAUAUAUAUAUAUGUUUGAGUCUCAUAUGAACAUUUCAUC